AUGGAGGUUGUUGAGAGGAAACGAUCAAGAGGAGGGUUUUUAAAUCUAUUUGAUUGGCCUGGAAAAUCACGGAAGAAGAAGCUCUUCUCUUCCGGCAGCAGCUUGGAGCUCUCAGAAGAGCUAAAGCAGACAAAACAGAAUGAAGUUGAUGAGAAUGGCAAGAAUUGGAAUUAUAAUCCAAGAAGUGACUCUAGCUGUUGUGCAUCUUCUGUUACUAGUGAGGAUGGGCAGGGGACAAGAGCCGCUCCUAGUGUGGUUGCAAGGCUCAUGGGUUUAGAGUCUUUACCUGUCCCAAAUGUCCAAGAACCUCGGUUUAAUCCAGUUCUUGAUCCAUUCUUACAUUCAAGAAAGACAACUAAGUGGAAUGCAUAUGAGAAUCUUGGUUAUGUAAAUCUCCAUAGUGACUAUGAUGGAGUAUCAUGGGAACAUUUGGAUUCAAGAAUGAAUGAUGGCCGCAACAGAGGGAUUGAGAGGUUUCAAUCUGAAACUUUUCCUCAUAGGGUAGCUAAACCGAUCUCUGUUGCCAACAGUGGGCUCUUGUCUCCUAUCAGGAGUCCUCGGUUUGUCCCAUCCAGGAACCCUGUUUAUGUAAUGGAAGCAGCUUCAAGAAUGAUUGAACCAAGUCCUAGGACUAGGAUGGUUACUACUAGAACACGGUUUUCGCCAUCAGAUUCUCCUUCAUCUGUUCCUAUGAGGAUUCGAGAUUUAAGAGAGAAACUAAAAGCUGCAAAGAAUGUGUCAAGCCGCCAAGUCUCUAAUGAGAAGAGAACAUCAACAUCAGUCAUAACACCUUCCUCUAUGGUAAAAAGCAGUUCUGAGGGUUUGAAGAGUAAAGUGAAGCCACCUCAUGUAUCUGCAGAAGCAAAGGCCAGCACACUGUCCUUAAGUGUCCAUACGGAGAAAGCAGAAUCUAAAAAGCGCAUAGUCAAUAGCCAGAACGGUCUCAGAGGACCUCACUUUAGCACAGGAAAGAGAGUGGUUAAGCAGAAUGAUCAGAAACAGAACUGCAGGGACAACCAACAUUCAAACCAAAAGAGCAAGGUUGUAAACAAGGUUCCUGUGGAAAGUGGAUCAGGAAAGAAUACUUCUCUGCCUUUGUCUCGCAAAAAGAGUCUUCACCGGAGCAAGAAACCCCCUAAUGGGAUGCAAGAAUGUGGAAUCUCCAAUGAUAAACGGAUCAAAAGGGGUGAAAGUGUGAUAAAAAGUAACAUUACCAUUGAUGGUAGCUUGCAUUCAGGCAAAGAUGAUCUGAAAAAAGAAGUAGAUGUGAUCUCAUUCACAUUCUCAUCCCCCGUUAAAGGUAAAUCAUCUCAUUCACUAUCCUCCUCCACUCAAGAACGUGAUCAAGAAACAGACUCUGCAGUUAGUUUCGAUAUGUUUGGUGGCAGUUCUUUAAAUGUUCUGCUAGAGGAAAAACUCAGAGAGCUGACUUCUAAGCUUGAAUCUUCUAGCUGUAGUCUGACACAAGAAGAGUCUUCACGUUCCAGUACAAAGAAUGGGGUGAACGAGAUGGUUUCAUCUUCACCAGAGUAUGACAAGUCGACUCAAAAUGGUCUGGAGAAAGUUUUAUCAGAGAGUGAAUCUGUUUCUGACUGCACUUUAUCCUAUGACAAACAAAAACUUCAGGUUAGUUCCUAUGGUUCAACAAAUGAGUCACACUUAGCACAAGAUGAGUCUGAGCUCUCAGAAUCUGUAAUAACAUUGACUUAUUCAGAAGACAAAGAAAGGCUAGACUGGGAGGUUGAAUACAUAUCUGUGAUCCUCGGUUCUGACCAACUUAUGGUGAAAGAAUACGCUUUGGGAAUGGCUACUGACAUUUUACCUGCGAGCCUCUUUAAUGAACUGGAAGGAUGUGGAGUAGCAACAUCAGCCAAGCUCAAGAGAAAGACAGUCUUUGAUUUUGUUAGUAAGUGCUUAGAGCUCAAAUGUGAGCAGAUGUUAAGGGGUAGCUGCAGAGGGCUAUUGUUUGAACAUAGAAAUUGGUUAGCAGAAGAACUGAACAGAGAGAUUCAAAGGUUGAAGAAGAUGAGGGAGAUGAUGAUGGAUGAGCUUGUUGACAAAGAUAUGAGCAGUUUAGAAGGGAGUUGGCUUGAUUUCGAGAGAGAGACUUAUGAAGAAGGUAUUGACAUUGAGGGAGAGAUAGUAUCUACGUUGGUUGAUGAUUUAGUUAAUGAGCUUGUCUCAGUGUUCAAAGAAGAACAUUGAAAGCCAAGAAAAGUGUUAGUUUCUGCUUUGUGUGUUUGAGUCUGAUCUUCUCUCUGCAUUGUAGAAGCUUUUGGUCUGUGUUUCUUUCAUGUGAUAGAUUCUCUGACAUGAGUGUUGAGAUAAAAGUAAAAAAAGUAGCCUAUGUUCUCUCCUAAUGUGUUCUCUUCUUAUAGAUGGAAUGAAAUGCAAAUAAUAUGUUUACUUUGUC